AAUAUUAUUAAUCUAAAUGUGGGCGCGGUUACCCUAAUGUCCCGCAUUGUGAUACCGCAAAUGAAAAAACAGGGAAAAGGUGCUGUAGUGAAUAUAGCUUCAAGCGCACAUUGGAUACCCACGCCUUUAGCAGCUGUGUAUGGCGCCACGAAACGUUAUGUAAGAUCGUUAAGUUUAGCGAUGGAACGCGAAUUGUUUAAGUAUAACAUAAAUGUGCAGUGCGUUGAACCAUGGUUCGUUCGAACGGAACUUAUUCAGUUCUCGGAUAUACUUUCACGAAACAAAUACUUUGGAACGCCAGUAGACACGUUUACUCGCUCGGCUGUCUUCAUAUUGGGUAAAACACUGGAGACGACCGGCUACUGGACACACGCUAUAAUGACUUUUUUUGGGAAAUUAGCACCGGAAUGGUUGGCCAUACGGGGUUUUCAUUUUAUUAGCAACUAUGUUAGAAAAGAUUAUUUAAGAAAUCAGCUUGAAGGAAAGGAAAAUUAAGUUAUUUAUUAUAGUCUAUUAAGUAUCGUGAGGAGCCAGAGACGUCCCCCGUUUCGGCCUCGUUGCUGAGGGGGAGUGCUAGACUAUAGGAUUAAGUAAAGGGAAGUCAGAGUAAAGAGAAAUCAGCAUCAGCAUCAGCCGAAGUUUAGCCAAGUUUUAGUGCUAGUGCUUAGUGCUAGAGUAAGUUAAAGAAAGUUAGUUAAGAUAGAGGAGUCAAAGAGAGUGGACUUGUUAGUCUGGUUGGUGCGGUUACAAUGAUGGUGGCAUUGGGUCUUAAAGUCAAGAAAAUUAAUUUAUAUUUGAAGUAGAACAAAGAAAACUCAUCUUCAGUUAUUUACUAAUCAAGUGCAACGAGAAUGAAAAGUUGAACUUUAAAAAUUGUAAUAAGAUAUUUUAAUGGAACGAAAUAAACGGUUUUGAACUCAAGAAUCCUUAUAGAGUUUGUUAAAUGGUGUUUAAAAAAAUAUAAAAUAAAAGACAGGAACAAUCUUUAAAAAAACCUGCAUAGAAAUCAUAAAAGGUAAAUAAGUAAACCAUCCAAAGAAAAUUCUUGUGAAGUAAGCGUGGA